AUGCAUCCACAGUUCAGAGCCGGAACUUUCUCUCAAAUGGGGUUCACCAAGCGCCCCCGAAAUUAUUAUCCUGUGAGCACCAACCUAGCAAGUGAAGAAGUGGAGAAGAGCAUUUACUCUCUUCUUACCCUGGACCGUUGGGGUUCACUCAAUCAUAUGGGGUAUAAAAUGGCUUCACUAAGGCCAGUUCAUGGGAAAAUGGCUUUAAAAUUCUUGAAUUGGUUUAUUAAGCAACCUGGUUUGGAGUUCACUCAUAUUAUUCAUAUGUAUGGUAUCACGACUCACAUACUCGUUAGAGCUAGAAUGCAUGACUACGUUAAGUCAAUUUUGGGGCAUUUAUCUGAAAUGGGUGUUGGGUCAAGUUCUGUUUUUGGUGCUCUAAUGGAUACGUAUCGCCUUUGCAGCUCAAACCCUUCUGUUUUUGAUAUCUUAAUUAGGGUUUAUGUGAGAAAAGGUGAACUUAAAGAUGCUCUUCAGGUAUUUAAUUUGAUGAGUUCUCAAGCAUUUAAACCGUCGGUUUACACUUGUAAUAUGGUUCUAGCAGCAAUGGGGAAGCAGGAAAGUGCUGAGUCCGUAUGGUCGUUUUUCAAAGAAAUGCUUGCUAAACGUAUUUGUCCCAAUGUUGGUACGUUUAAUAUACUUUUACAAGUUCUUUGUGCCAAAGGGAAGGUUGAGAGAGCAAAUUGUUUGCUUGCAAAGAUGGUAGAGAGUGGUUAUAACCCUGAUGUGGUUACUUAUAAUACUUUGCUUAAUUGGUAUUGCAAGAAGGGAAGGUAUAAAGCAGCUUUAGAACUGAUUGAUUGCAUGAAUUCCAAGGGUCUUGAAGCUGAUGUUUGUACUUACAAUAUGUUUAUAGAUGACUUAUGCAAGAAGAAUAGGAGUGCUAAGGGCUAUUUAGUAUUGAGGAAGAUGAGGAAGAGAUUGAUUGUUCCAAAUCAUAUUACUUAUAAUACUCUUAUUAACGGGUUUGUGAAAGAGGGGAAGAUUGACGCUGCAAUGAAGAUUUUUCAUGAGAUGUUGAAGCUCAAUCUUUCACCAAAUUGCAUCACUUUCAAUGCUUUGAUUGAUGGGCAAUGUCGAGCAGGCAAUCUUAAAGAGGCUCAAGAAAUACUGACUGAAAUGGAAACAAGAGGUCUACGGCCCGAUGAAGUUAGUUAUGGGGCUCUCUUGAAUGGUUUUUGCAAGCAUGGCAUGUUGGAUUCUGCAAGAGAUAUCCUCAAGAAGAUGAAGCUGAACGGAUUAUCUCUCAAUCAGCAUGCAUAUACAAUGUUAUUAGAAGGGAUAUGCAAAACGGGGUCGCUAGGAGAAGUUGUACCGUUACUUGAGGAUAUGUUUGAGAGUGGUAUAUGUCUUGAUGUUGUUGCAUACUCGGUACUUCUAAAUGGAUUUUGUAAAGCUGGAAUGCUAAAUACAGCAAUGGAAAUAUUAUGUAGGAUGUACAAGUUUGGAGUUUUCCCAAAUGAUGUAGUAUACUCUACUUUGAUCUACAACUUUUGCAAGCAACAAGAUGUCCUAAAAGCAAUGAGAAUCUAUGCAAUGAUGCACAAAACAGGCCAUACUCCUGACACUUUCAUAUGCAACUCACUGAUAUCUUCUCUUUGUACAGGUGGAAGAGUAAGAGAGGCAGAGGAUUUCAUGCGUCACAUGUGUACGAUUGGUCUUGUUCCCAAUUCUGCUGCUUUUACUUCUGUUAUUGAUUGCUAUGGGAAUGUAGGUGAAGGGUUAAAAGCAUUAUCCUGGUUUGACGAAAUGAUUAACUUGGGUAGACAGCCUAGCUUUUACACCUAUGCAAGCUUACUAAAAGGAAUAUGCAGAGGAGGGAACCUUACAGAGGCGCUUGGAUUAUUUGAUAGGCUCCGUGGAAUUUACUGUGCGACAGAUGUUGUUGUCUACAACUCAUUGCUGGCUGAGAUCUGUAAGUUAGGCCACUUCCACAUGGCAUUAAUCCUUAUCAAUGAGAUGGUUCAGAUUAAUGUGCUCCCUGAUAGUCAUACCUACACCAGUCUCCUAGCUGGCUUGUGUCGGAAGGAUAAGUUGGUCCCUGCAAUUCUUAUGUUGGAAAGAGCAUUGAGUAGAGGAGACCCCUCUUCAAACCGGGUCAUGUAUACAUGUAUUAUUGAUGGGCUUUUCAAGAGUGGCUUGCCUAAGGUUGCCAGUUUCUUCAUUGAUGAGAUGACAUGGAAAGGUCUUGCCCCAGAUACCGUGGCACUGAAUGUGGUGAUGGAUGGUUACUCAAAACAUGGACAGAUUGAUAAGGUGAGUAGUUUCUUUUAUACAAUGAGAGAGAGAAGUGAAAUGCCUUCCUUGGCUACAUAUAAUAUUCUAUUACGAGGCUAUUCGAGACAGAAGAACAUAUCUGAGUGCUCUAAGUUAUAUCAGUCUCUUAGAGAAAAAGGUUUCACUCCAGAUAAAUUAACAUGCCAUUAUGUGACUCUUGGAUUCUGUGAGUCGAGUCUGCUGGAUAUUGGGGUUAAAUUUAUGAUAAAAAUGAUGUUGGGGGGAAUAGUGGCAGAUAAAUUCACAUUCAACAUGAUCAUCAGUAAAUAUUGUGAAAGGGGUGAGAUGAAGAAGGCCCUUGAUCUUCUUUCUUUAAUGACUGCCACAGGUGUUUCUCCUGAUGGAGACACUUACAAUUCAAUAUUUAAGGGACUGAAAAGAACAUUGGACUUCCAAAAUUCACAUCGUCUCUUGCAUAAAAUGAUCGAAGAGGGUUUUGUUCCAGUUGACAGACAAUACUGCAAUUUAAUCACUAGUAUGUGUAAGGUUGGAGAUGUUAAGGGAGCAUUCAAACUAAAAGAUGAAAUGGAAUUAUUAGGUGUUAGUUCUCGUACUAUAGCUGAGGGUGCAAUUAUAAGAGGGCUUGUGCUUCGUGGGAAGAUGGAGGAAGCAAUGCUGGUACUUGAAUGUAUGCUACGGGUGCAUCUACUUCCGACUGUUGCCACAUUUACAACUGUGAUGCAUGGACUUUGCAAAAGUUCUAAGUUUUGCGAGGCCUUAAAAUUGAAAACUACAAUGGAGCUUCAUGGUGCAAAGCCAGAUGUUAUUGCUUACAAUGUCCUCAUAACAGGCCUUUGUGCCGGUGGUUAUAUUGAUGAUGCAUAUGAUCUCUAUGAGGAGCUGAAAGAGAGGGGUAUGUGUCCCAAUAUUACAACCUUCACGGUUCUUCUCAAUGCAUUUUGUUCUGGGAAUGAUCUUGCAAAGGGUGAAAAUCUUUUAAAUGAUCUGCAAGAGAGAGGACUGGUAGGUGAAUAUUCAAAUAACCAAACAUUAUGUGAAAGAUUGACAAUCGUGAAGGAAAAGCUAAAUGCUUUAAGAAAGAAGAAAAAGAAAAGAAGAUAGGUAUAUUGAUAUAGAAAGAUAACACUGGGAACAUUUAUCUAGCUUGCUGGAAAUGAUCUCUUCAUAGGGGUCUCAUGGCUUAAACUGGGCUUCAAUGGUUUAGAUCAGGUCUAUCUGAGACAUCUGCAACUGGAACUUUGGACACUUCUACCAUUUGAAGUGUAUUUCUAUGUUCGGUGUCCUUUUAAGAUAUCUGUCCUACAAGGUGGAUAUGAGGAUAUUGCAGCUCACAAAGUGGUCAACUGUGUAUCUGACACUGAUCUGUCUGAAUAGGUAUAUGACAUUUCUUGGUUUGUUUAUUCUGUUUGAUGCACCAGGUCUAUCUACUUAUGUGCUCUACAUUGAAGUGCAUUUCGUUAUCUAUCAAGACCACUAGAUUGAAGUGUCGCAAAUCACACUGAAGCUUGUUUCUUCAAUGUGUAAGUGUGUAUAUCCCUUGCAUGUCUUUUUUCCUCAAUUUCAGUAAGUAUGCUAUGGUUAAGAGCAGGAUGUUUGUAUUUACCUUAUAUAAAAAAAAAUGAAGAGAAGCAGUAUGUUGAAAAAAUCCUCUAGCUUGGCCAAGUGAGAUAAAACUUUAACCUCAACAUACAAGGAUGAAUUAUGUGGAUAGUGAAUGUUAAGAAUGAGUUAAUAGUGAGUGAAAGUUAGUGGUUAGGGCAGAAACAACUUCCCACCGUAGCUUGCAUUCUUACAAACUCUCAGGUGAAGUGGAUUUACAUAUGAUUGCUUCUGCUAGCGGUUGUAGUACCUGCAUGGGUACCUUUAUACUUGUAUUUCUGCAUUUUUUCAACAUGAGACUAUGGAAAAGACAAUAUCCUAAUGAUCUAUGUUUUUUAUUGAUCCCCAUGGUGGAUAGAUUUUUGCAAAUAUGCCUUUUAUCUUGCCUUCCAUCCUGGAUACGUUAUGGAUGUUUCUUGCCAUGUUUUUAAUUCACUUAA